UCAUGGCCUCCGGGUGCCGGGUAGGCCCGUCCAUCCUCAACAGCGACUUGGCGGCGCUGGGCGCGGAGUGCUGCCGCAUGCUGGACUGCGGGGCCGACUACCUCCACCUGGAUGUAAUGGACGGGCAUUUUGUGCCAAACAUCACGUUUGGCCAUCCGGUGGUAGAGAGCCUUCGGAAGCAGCUGGGGCAGGAACCCUUUUUUGAUAUGCACAUGAUGGUUGCCAAGCCAGAACAGUGGGUGAAACCCAUGGCUGUGUCAGGUGCAAACCAGUACACCUUUCACAUAGAAGCUACGGAAAAUCCAGGCGCACUUAUCAAAGAUAUCAGAGAAAACGGAAUGAAGGUUGGUUUGGCUAUCAAACCAGGAACGACAGUAGAAUAUUUAGCGCCGUGGGCCAACCAGAUAGACAUGGCUUUAGUUAUGACAGUGGAACCUGGCUUUGGGGGACAGAAGUUCAUGGAAGAUAUGAUGCCAAAGGUUAACUGGCUGAGAACGCAGUUCCCUUCCCUGGAUAUUGAAGUGGAUGGCGGAGUUGGGCCGGACACCAUUCAUAAAUGUGCAGAGGCGGGGGCCAAUAUGAUUGUGUCCGGCAGUGCCAUAAUGAAGAGCGAUGACCCCAGAGCUGUCAUUAACCUCCUUAGGAACGUCUGUUGUGAAGCCGCACAGAAGCGUUCCCUUGACCGGUGAAACCGGCUUUCCACCACCGUGACCGAAU